UAUGAGGCUAUUUUGUAUGGACAAUAAAAUAAGCAAUUCUGUAAAAUUAAUGACCAUCGGCCGUUCGUGUAUGUACGUCAAAGUACAGGUACAGUGUCGUGAAACACGAGAAAAGAAGGUGAAGUGUAAGUGAGUGUGUGGGAGUGCCGUGAGAAGAAGGUGGAGGUUGUCUUUCAAGACCCGUGGACGCCGCGGUCCCGAAGACCGAAACGAGGAAUCACUUACGGACUCUAAUACAUACAAAAGCCAGCCGACCGCUGUAUUUUUUCCAUUGGCGCGCGGUGGCGCGGCAACUAAACGAAAACGACUCUAGGUUUACGGAACCUAGUUUACAGCACGCAGGCCCCCUCUGCCGUCUGCUCCAAUUCUUCAAGCACUCUCGCUUCGCCUCCUAAACACUGUGUGUUCCUAAGUCUGGCAAAAUAAUACUUGGGAACACGCCGUCUUACCCGGUCUUUAUAUGUCACACAUGAUAACCAGUGCACGGUGGUGACCACCUUGCAAACAUAUCUUUAUGCAUACUGCUUAUCCAUACAUCUUGGAUAGUACUGCGACAGCCACAAUAUUAUUGUACCACAGAGCCACUUUAGGCAGAUAUGAUUCCCAAUCUUGAAACCCAAGGCCGAGAUACUGGAGUGUGACGGGUACGUUUACUUAGAACCUUUCAAAAUAUUUCCCGCCGACCAAUUUGUUGUAGUGGAAAGAAGUGGUGCGGACGAUGCGUUGACAGAGACGGAGGGGCCCACGAGCACUGCGUCCAGCCAGCCCACCCCCUCCGUUACCCCCCUGUCAAACAUGUGCACCACUCCUGGCAACGUGGGCACAGGGUUUGGGUAUACCUGGUCCUUUGGCGGACCUGGUGCGGAAACCCGAGAAAAUGCACAGGGUGAACUUACUACGAAUAUUAAUUACGCUGUGAAUAAUAAUCAGGAUCAAGGUACCAGUCAAAAGAUACAGGUUGAUAUCAAGCCUACAAAACUUACCAAUAGUACGCAUCGUAGACCAAUGUUCGCUAUGAACGAAACUUGUCAACAGACCCCCACGACCCACCAUGGCCAUACAGCUGGAGCUCAUAAUCAAACGCAUGGCACGCAUGUCCGUAUUAAAAAACAACAUGAUGUAUUUUCAUUAACAUGUGACAAAGGAGGUUGCAAUUGUGAUGCUGCACACCCAACACCCCCACCUUCUCUAUUUUCAAAUACACUAGUUUUUACCACAGCUGACAAGCACGCCAUGAGUAAGCAUUUCAUGACACCCCUUGGACCAUUACAACUUACGGCGGAAGAAUGCAAUGAGAUUUUAAUGAAAAGAGCGGCUGCUGCCUCAAAUCAAGCCAGUGUAAACAAUGUUGCAACGAGCCAGACAGACAGCACUGCUCAUUUUGGACAUGUUUUAACGCAUGUCAAUACCACACAAAUUGAAACAAAGGUCAAACAGCAGCAAGACAUGGGAAGCCAAGUACGGGUACCAAAGGAAAGGCCAUAUUCUUGUUCGGAAUGUGGAAAAUCUUUCCUCCUCAAGCAUCACCUUACAACGCAUGCGAGGGUGCAUACUGGAGAACGACCUCAUAUUUGUGUUCAUUGCGGAAAAAGUUUUGCACACAAACAUUGUCUUCAUACUCACCUGCUCCUUCAUAGCGCGGAUCGACCGUAUCAAUGCCGCGAAUGUAAAAAGUCUUUUACAUUAAAACACCACCUGGUAACGCACACGCGUGUACACACGAGAGAUCGGCCAUUUAUUUGUCAAGAGUGUGGGAGAGCAUUUCCUUUAAAGCGUCACCUAGUGACUCACAGUAAAUUCCAUUCAGGAGAAAGACCUUUUGUUUGCGAAGAGUGUGGAGAGUCGUUUUCGCAAAAGGACCACCUCACAAUGCAUUCGCGCUUCCAUGGCAGUUUACAUCCAUUUGUUUGUCACGAUUGCGGGGCAACCUUCCAGAGGAAGUUUGAGUUAGUGAAUCAUGGCCGUCUACAUGGCAGAGUUCCACAUUCGUGUACUGUUUGCGGAAAGGAAUUUCUGCAAAAGAGAACACUAUUGGCACAUAUGCGUUUACAUACAGGGGAAACUCCAUUUGCUUGCACGGUUUGUGGAGAAGCUUUUCCUAGGAAAACAGACCUGGUUGCCCACUCUAAAAUCCAUAACAACAAUACUAAUACAGAUGAAAAGCCUUUGAUGUGCAGGGAAUGUGGAUUGGACUUCUCGAAUCGAGAAGCCCUUACUUUGCACUUAAGGUUACAUUCUGGUGAUCGAACACUUGUUACGGAUCUUUGUGGAUUAGCAGCCGCCUUCCAGCAAACUCCUGGACACUUCCUUACUCCCAACACCCCAGGAACCCAUCAGAUGAAUGGACCCAUUGGAAACCCCGGUGUCAGCCAUAUGCACGGUGCGACGCAAACAUCACCACCAGUCGGAACAGGCCCAAAACCGAAACCACAUGUCUGUCCUGAUUGCGGUCGUGGUUUUGCACAGAAACACGGUCUGUCUCAGCAUCAACGGCGUCACACGGAUGGCAGUUGCCACAUACGAUCCCAUGUGUGUGAUAAAUGUGGUAAAGCCUUCUACCAGAAGAACCAUUUGUUACUACAUCAACGUCAACACAUGGAUCCUCCUCCAAGUAUACUUCGGCAGCAACAGAGGCAAGCUGCGCAAGCUGCUGCCCAACAAGCACAACAACAACAACAAGCGCAGCAACAGCAACAGGUGCAGCAGCAGCAACAGGUGCAACAACAACAACAACAAGUGCAACAACAACAGGUGCAGCAGCAACAGGUGCAACAGCAACAGCAACAACCUCAGCCGCAACAGCAACAACAAACGUGCACUGUAGACACAAAAACGAUACAGCUUCAAGCGAUACAGCAACAAGUGCAGCAACAAGUUCAACAACAGGUACAACAACAGCAACAACAACAACAACAACAACAAGCGUGCUCUGUGGACACUAAAGCAAUACAGUUAAAUGUUACUAUGUGAGACGAUAUAGAAAGUGGGGACUGGACAGUCCCUGGAACAAUAGCACUCCCAAAUGCGCACUCGGCUGCCACCCUCUGCACGCACUUCUCUUGUACUAACAAUACACAUUAGAUAUAUUUAUUAUCUCUAGAAUCGAAUACGAAGUAAUCAAUUUUAUUACAAGAGUAUAUAUACAAAGUAUACAUAUUAUAUUCUAAAUAUGUAAGGC